CCUGCUCGCGUCGUGCCCUUUGCACUAGGCUCCCAGACUGCCAGGCGUACUCCUGGGAAUCCUCCCAAGCCUCUGCAAAGUCUGGGGCUAGGACAUGAACUCUCAGGAGACCCCACAAGCUCGGAGAUUCCCCAUCGAGGCAGGAGAUUCCCCCAGCCUGGCAGCUGUUCCAGAAACCCAGGAGCCAGUUGCCACUGAGCACACUGCAGCAAGGCAACUGAGAAGAUGCCCAGGGUGCCACUGCCUGACGCUGCCCAACGUCCCCAUUGACGUCUACAUUGCCAUGGGUGGGAACCGCAGGCCGCGGACCACCUAGCGGUUCCCCCAAGUUGGGCUCGAGUGCUGAGGCCGCGGAGGCUGCCGCCAGCAACGCCCCGGCAGCCGGAGAACAGCAAAGGGCGCCACGCAGAACGGUGACGCACAUUUUAAUAAAAGGACAUCUUAGAAUGUUCCUCUGCAUCGGGUUCCUCUGCCGUGGCUCCCACCAAGAGACUUGGCAGGGCCUCUCGCCGGUGCCUGGGGUCUCAGCAGGGAACGACCGGCUCCAGGUUUGUGGAGGAGGUUGCCUGGCAGAGGGCACUGCUUGUGUGGUCCUGGCUUGCUGCAGAGGCUUUGGCACCAGGCUCUAUCAGAAGCUGGUAUGAUUUGCUCCUGACAGUCUUUGGGUUCAACCUAUGGGUCUCCCCUGCCCCUGCCAUGGCUGCCUCUCCCUGCUGGGCUACCUGGGGCUGCUUCCCAAUGCCCUUCUAGAACACUGGUUUGUCCCCAGCCUGACCCUCCCAUUCCCAUCCUCUCUCUUCCAGCCCUGCAGCAUCCGCUUGGUACCCAACUCAGCAGGCGGGCAGGCAGCCCCUGCAAGGGCAGAGUGUGGGGUGACCUGGUUCCCAGGCUCCCCCUAUUCUCACUCUGGCCUUUCUGGUGGAAGAGGAAUCGGACGGACCCUGCACUGGCUGACUGGAAGCAUAGGUAGCACUAGCAGCCUCCUCCCCUGCUCCUGCUGGGUUUGAUCCAGUCAUGGGGAGGAGUGUGGGGAAUGAAUUUGAGCACAGAGGUGUUGCUGGACAGCCUGGGUUGGGGCAGAGGUUGGUGGGGGUGACGAGAUUCACUUUAACGGAGCGAGGAGGGUGAGGUUUGGAGUGUGAUCAAGUCAGUGGAUGGGACUGCAGGUGGUCUUGGAUUGUGCAGGAGCUGAAUGCUGGAUGGGUGGCUGGUAGCAGGGGAGCCUCCCAUAGCAUGCACUAGCACAGGGGCUGCCCACCCCCAGGGGAGGGAAGGAGGUGGCAGGGAGCCAGCAGUAAGAGCAUGUUGUGUGCAGGCUGCUCCAGCCAGGGUUCCUCCAGGGCCCUGCUCUUCAUCACUUGGGAGGUAGGGCACAGAGCGCUGCUGCCUCAUCCCCGCCUUCCAAAUGUGGAAUCACUUUUAUCCUUUAUAUCUCUGAACCGCCUGUGAGUUUUGUAACCACCGUUGUUGGGGGAGAAAAGUUCUUUAAUCCAGAGCUUUUCAUAGGCAGAUGUUGAGAUGUCUAUGCCUUUGUGUCCCUUGGAUGCACCAGGGGUGUGAUUCUCCCCUACAUUGCACCAAGGGGCAUGAGUAGCCCCCUGAUUUGGCAGCAUUUCAGGCCUGCUUUGCAUGGGUGGGUUGGCAUUUGUUUGCUUAACAUCCACACCAUGGAGUGUGUGUAUUUGGAGCAUGUGUGUCACAGCCGUGCCUGGUGUUCUUAAGCAGAAAGGGGGAGAUUUGUGAUGGUUCCCAGGUCCAGUGGGACUUUGUGGCAACCAGUUGAGAGGUCCAUCUCCCACACGGACAGGUUUUCUCCUUGUGGUCAAAGCAGUACUUCUGCUGUGAUGAUUAGCCUCCUUUCUGCAUGUUUUCUGCCUCUGGCCAAAGGCAUUAAGCUAGCAGUUGCCAGCUCCUCGCCUGUUGAAACUGGAGGCUUCCAUCAUUUAAUUCUACUCUAUCAGGCAUGAAUUGGUGUUGGAGCAGCAGGUCUGUCACGGGUGCGGGGGCUGACGUGUCUACCUCAUUUGACUUGAAAUGUUUUCCUGCCAUCUUGGCCCCCCCAUGCAAAGAUGAGAGCCUGUCAGAGCUCCAUAUAAAGGGAAACCUGGCUCUGCAGGCCACGUGCCACCCCAAUGAAAUUACAUCUUCACUAGCUUCCACGUGCUGGGGGUUGGAGGACUCCUGCCUAUGAGGAUGGGCUGUGGAGCAUAAGGUUCCCUGCCAGCAGCUGGCACAGAAACUCUGUUUUUCCAUCAACUUGCAGCUUAUGCUUUAACAUCCCUGGUUCCUGCUGCCCAGGGGUUGAGAGCAAAGCUCAGACAGAGAGGAGCCUGGCAGCAGAUGUAUACCAUCUCGUGCCAGAGACUACAGGGAGCUUUGUCCCCUGCACCCAGUGUGUGAUCCAGGACUGGGAGCGGGCAGGGUUAAUCCAGCUAUGGCUUCACUUUUGGAGUGGAUAGGAAUAAUAGAGGUAACAUCAUUGGAUUUAGCAGUGCGUGCAAAAAACGCCUUGCGUUGCCGUAUGUUCAUCUUGGAUUUCUCUCCUCUCUUCUCCAAGACAAGGGAUCGUUAGAUCAUCCAG